UGAAAAGCAUUCAUGUCGCUGGCUUGGUGUUUACACGCAAUGUUUUGUUUGUUUUUGUAAUUUUCUACCAAAUAGAAUUUAAUAAUUAAAUUUACAGAUCAUAGAUAUGUUACACUGUGCAACAAAGUUGGUUAUGUAUUAACAAAAUGCCUUAUUAUUGUACGGUACCGCGGUGUACUUCGAUGGCCGGCAAAGCUAAAAAUGUUUCAUUCCAUCAAUUUCCAAGAGACGAAGAUCUAGCAAAGCUUUGGAAUAAAAUACUCAAACGUGGCAAGCCUUAUACAAAAUAUUCGAAAGUGUGUAGUUUACAUUUCACGCCAGAAGAUUACACUAUUACUAGCGGCCAAAAGAAUAAAGGACAGUGGAGAACACUCAGAAAAGAUGCUGUACCAUCAAGAAACUUGCCCACUGACUCACCCGUACCAUACCGAAGAAGGAACUCUUCCUGGACACCACCACCAACUACGAUUGAUGCCAGGAUGCAGCAACAGAUGGCCCAAGCUAUAUACGUCCAAACCAUGCUGGCGAUGCAGGCGGCCAGCAUCUCCGCACUCAACACCGAACAACCAUCACCGACUGAAGAAACAGACGCUCAAAUGUCAUCUCCCAACCCUAUCUCCUCAUCGCAUGAACGAGACGAAAUCAGUGAUAUCGCACACAUAGAAAACGAAUCUAUAAAUCUCGAACACUACACUAGCACAAAUAAAGAUUUAACACACACAGAUACAUUUAAAUGCGAACAAUGCUCAAAGUGCUUUAAAGAUCCCGACGUUUAUCUAUUACAUAAAAGAAGUCACACGAAAAAUAAUACGGACAACGAAACUGGUAACACUGAAGAAAUGUUAAAAGCGAAUCCUAUUUUAGCGAAUCUCCUCAGAUCAACCGGGCCACAGACUUCGAUAAGGAACGACACGAACGGCGUCUUCGACGUGAAAAAUGUCAAAAGCAUAGAAAAUCAAAUAAUGUCAGCGCUGACAGCUAACAUGGAGAAUUAUUUGAGAAAUCUCUCAACCAUUAUGACGAAUGGCAACACCGAUGACGUUGAAAAUGAACAGAAUUCUGAGAACGGAACCGAUUCAGAUUCAAAAGGAGAUUUAAUUUCUAACUGUGAUAAACAAGACUUGUACGACUCAAAUUUAAUUAUAGACGAAGAUUCCUUGACUAAGCACUGAGAAAUUAUAAUUAUAAUAUUUUUUUUUAGUAUAUAAGACAUCACGACUGAGUUCUUUCGACUAUUUUGUAAUCUAGAUUAAUAGAUGAUUAUUACCCACCUUUAGUGAUAGUGCUAAGAUGUAUAUUUUUCUAAUAUAGUAAUGCGUGUGAAUAGACACAACUAUUUCCUACUAUAUAAACUUGAGACUGAUUGGAGCUUAAAUCAUGUAUUCGGUGUAAAAUGUAAACAAUGUAACAGUUAUUUCAAAUUCUAUUGACCUUGGUAUCAGCAAAUUAACCACCUGAAGGUGACCACCACAUCUUAUGAACAUUGGAUCUGGAAGAAAUUUUAACCAUAACAUUGCUAUGUGCCAUGAACUUGGUAACUGAGAUGUUAUGUCCCUUGGGUCUGUAGUUUCACGGACUCACUCACCCUUCAAACUGGAACGUAAUAAUCAUCAGUAUUGCUGUUCGACUACUAUCCACAUAAGCUGGCCCGAAUACUGUUUUUUAAUUACCUAAUAUUAAUAAUUAAAUAUUUAAAACUUAUGGAAACUUAAAUGUCAUGUCCCUUGUGCCUGUAGCUACACUGACUCACACACUUUUAGACCGGAACACAAUAAUACUGAGUACUUCUGAUUGGUAGUAGAAUAUCUGAUGGGUGGGUGGUACCUACCCAGACGGGCUUGCACAAGUAUGCAUUGUUUACACUUUACACAAAUGAUGAUGAAAUACCCACCAUUGAAACUAUCUCCCUAUAUAUGGAUCUCGGUAUUUAGAAUUUUUAAAUAGGAACUUAGUGCCUUAGAACGUUUAGUAAUCGUAUGGAUGUAAUUAUACUAAGGACUCGCUCGAAAUUCGAUAGUUGUUAAUUAUAGCAAGUAAGUUAUUAUAUGACACGAAUGUAUCGAAACAGACCAAUUAUACAAUUUACUUUUCAUUUGUAUCGCUUUAUUUGGUGAGAUGUCAAAUAAAAUGUCCGACCA